CAUGAAAGUUCGGGAACUCAAAAAUCACACGCGGCUCUAGGUUUGAGAGCGAAAUGAUACGGUUGAUCCGGUGGGACUUUAAAAUCCCCUCCCCGUCCGUCGACUCUCCGGUGUCGACACGCCCUCUCUUUUUUCCUGUCCUUCCUCGCCGCCCAGCUGUUAAAACCAGAUCUAACCAGUUAACCGAAACAUAUUACACCUCUGACCGCCACCACCAAUGAUCCGCUGCGUUUCCCUACUUCUAAGCUCAUCUCCCCACAUCUACCUCGCCAAAACCCUAAUCCUCAACCCGUGCAUAUCCCUCCGCAGCUACUCUUCGUCGUCGUUUCCCUCUUCGUUGGCUUCGAGCCCUAGCCUCUCGAUAUGGCGGCGGAAGAAGGACAUGGGGAAGGAGGGGCUCUUCGUGGUGCAGCAGCUGAAGCGCCUUGCUGCCUCCUCCCAUGGCGGGGCAAGGCUUGAGCAAUUCAUGCGAUCCCACGUCUCCCGCCUCCUCCGCACCGAUCUCCUUGCCGUCCUUGCCGAGUUCCAGCGCCAGGAUAACGUCCCGCUCUCCAUGAAGAUAUAUGGUGUCGUUCGGAAGGAAAUAUGGUACCAUCCUGAUAUGUACUUAUACAGAGACAUGCUCAUGAUGCUUGCUAGAAACAAGAUGAUUGAAGGGGCAAGACAAGUUUGGAUGGAUCUGCGGUCUGAAGAUGUGCGAUUUGAUCAACACACUUAUGGUGACAUUGUUCGCGCCUUUUGUGACGGGGGAUUGCUCGAUUUAGGGAUGGAAUUUUACAAUGACAUGAGGAGUUCUUCUGAUCCUCCCCUCUCGCUUCCGUUUCGGGUUAUCUUGAAGGGCCUCAUACCAUUCCCUGAAUUGAGAGAAAAAGUGAAACAGGAUUUCUUGGAGCUUUUUCCCGAUAUGAUAGUUUAUGACCCCCCAGACGACUUGCUAUGAGUCAAGAUGAGCAUUGUGCAGGUGCUCAAGUAAAGUAACUAAAUUAUAAACUUGGCAGGUUUAAUUUAUUUGUUUAAAUGAUGUAUGUUUUAAUGGGGACAUUUAAGAAAUAAUAAUGGAAGUAUUGAUGAUAUUCUUGCCGUUUCAUCGUUUUAUCAAUCUAUAAUCUAUUUGCAGUGCAA